AUGGCCGCCAAAUCAGACCGCGCCCCUGUCCCAGAUCCAGCUGAACAGGAUGCCUUCUUUCCGUCAAAGUACUCCUUGUCACAAUACGUUUCACCUAAAACUGAUUUCGACGGCGCAGACUAUCCCAAUGCCUACACCGGGAACAAAUGGAAGGUUCUCCUCAUCGCCACACAGGAGCGCUACCUGGAAAUGGCGGGAGGUGAAUUCUUUUCUACGGGCAACCAUCCCGUAGAAAUGUUGCUUCCCAUGAUCCACCUCGAUGCUGCCGGGUUUGACAUUGACAUUGCCACCAUCUCUGGCGACUCGGUCAAGUUUGAAGUCUGGGCUUUCCCCAAGGAGGACGAGGCCGUCAAGCGCAUCUAUGAAAAGUACAAGAACAAGAUUCGCAAACCCCUCAAGCUCGAAGAGGUUUGGGGCAACGGCUUCACCACCGACACGCCAUACCUAGGCGUGUUCAUUCCAGGCGGCCAUGGCGUCUUGAACGACGUUCCAGCCUCUCCCACGGUCGGCAAGAUCUUGCGAUGGGCUCUCGACAACCAACGCUACUACAUUUCCCUCUGCCACGGACCGGCCAGUAUGCUGGCUGCCGAUGUUGGCAAUGGUCCGGGAAGCAAGUCCAUUUUUGACAAUUACGAAAUUGUCGUGUUUCCUGACUCUCUAGACACGGGCGCCAACAUCGAAAUGGGCUACAUUCCAGGCAAAAUGCCCUGGCUAGUUGCUGACCGUUUGCGGGAACGGGGUGUCAAGGUACUCAAUUCGGAUAUUACUGGAAAAGUACAUCGAGACCGUUGUGUUCUCACUGGAGACUCGCCGUUGGCCUCGAACAAUCUCGGCAAACUGGCUGCCACGACUCUGCUCAACGCAGUCUAG